AUGUGGAUCCUGAGUGCUCAAAUGGAUUUAAUGUUAACAAGCUUUCAUCGACCCUCAGAUCUGCAAUUGUUCGAUGGAGCAAUUUCCUUUGAUAUUCACUCCAAUGAAUUGCCAGGAUUCAGUGAAUUCCUUGGGGCCAUCAAACCAUUCCAGACCCAACGAGAUAGUUUGUUGAAAGAAUUUUGGGAGCAAGCCUUUGAUUGUUUUUUUUCAGAGAGCAAUAAACUGGAAGAAAGUGGUGAAGCAUGUACUGGGAGGGAAGAUCUAAAAAAACUUCCUGCAAAUUUAUUUGAAAUGACUGGCCACAGCUACAGUAUCUACAAUGCAGCAUGUACUGUAGCACAUGCUGUUCAUCACAUGAACUUACUUACGUCUAAAUACAAAAGAAUAAAAGAGAGUAGAAGGAAUGAACUUCGAGAUCAAGAAACAUGGAAGUUUCACUCCUUUCUCCAAGGCCUUUCAUUCAAUAAUUCACUUGGAGAAACUGUGUCCAUCAACCAUCAAGGAGAAGUGCUUUCUGGAUUUGAUAUUAUAAAUGUGGUCAUGUUUCCAAAUAACUCCUACCAUAAAGUGAAAAUUGGAAAGGUGGAUUCCAUAGCACCUGAAGGAAACAAAUUUGUGAUUCAUGAAGAUUUAAUUGUGUGGCACAAAUAUUUUAAGCAGGUCUUGCCCCGUUCAGUGUGUAAUAACCCCUGUCCUGCUGGCUAUCACAAGAAAAAGAAAGAAGGCAAGACAUUUUGCUGCUAUGAUUGUGAUCCAUGUUCCGAUGGGAAGAUGUCAAACAUGUCAGAUAUGAUUGCUUGUUCUGAAUGUCCAGAAGAUCAAUCUCCAAGUAAGGAUAAAGUUCGAUGCAUCCCCAAAAUCAUAACUUUUCUAACCUUUGAUGAACCUUUAGGGAUCACUUUAGUGAUACUUGCUUUUUUAUUUUCAGUCAUUACCAUGCUCAUACUUGGAAUAUUUAUUAAGUAUAAGGACACCCCUAUUGUUAAAGCUAACAACAAGGACCUCACCUACACUCUCCUCAUCUCCCUUCUACUUUGCUUCCUCUGCUCUUUUCUCUUCCUUGGAAAACCUUUCAAACUGAUUUGCUUCAUCAGACAAUCUGUGUUUGGCAUUAUCUUCUCUGUUGCCAUUUCUUCUGUAUUGGCCAAAACUAUCAUGGUCAUUGGAGCAUUCAUGGCUACCAAACCAGGGUCUGGCAAGAGAAAAUGGUUGGGGAAAAGAUUGUCCAUCUUAAUUGUUUUUUCUGGCUCCUCUAUUCAAGUAGGUAUUUGUCUGGCAUGGAUGAUCACCUCUCCCCCCUUUCCAGAACUUAACAUGAAAUCAAUGACUAAAGAGAUCAUAGCAGAAUGUAAUGAAGGAUCUGUUGUGAUGUUUUACCUUGUCUUGAGCUAUAUGGGAUUUCUGUCUCUGGUCAGCUUCCUGGUGGCUUUUCUAGCUAGGAACCUGCCAGACACAUUCAAUGAAGCCAAGUUCAUCACUUUUAGCAUGCUGAUGUUUUGCAGUGUUUGGUUAACUUUUGUUCCAACCUAUGUGAGCACCAAAGGAAAGUAUAUGGUAGCUGUGGAGAUCUUCUCCAUCGUAGCUUCUAGUGCUGGGUUAUUGGCAUGUAUCUUUUUCCCCAAAUGCUACAUUAUUUUGUUGAGGCCAGACCUUAACAGCAAAGAGCAACUUGUAAAGAAGAAGCAUUUCUGA